ACUUAAUCGGUGGAGAAAGGUGGCGUGAAACGGCGACGUUGCCUCCGUACGGCGCAGAGAACAGUGUUUGCAGUUGAGGUUAGUCCCGCUGGCGUAGUAAUAUUGUUAGUUAUUUACAGUGCGGUUUAUCGCACGCGCUCGUGGUACACAAGAUCGCGAGAACAGUUGAAUUAUUAACGCUCGCAAAUUACAAACCACGCCGUCUAUCGGUCUCUAUCCAAAUCCCGAUUUGUCAAAGAGACUGAAGGGAUAUAAGCAUACUGUCUGCGAUCAACUGUCAUUGCAGCUGAAAUUUCCUCGUGAGCUAGAAUUCAGAUUGAGCUAGCUGCACCACAUCCAAUGGUUCCACCCCUUAGUUCCUGUCUCUGAAUUCUGAUUGGAAAAAUGGAAUGUCAAUCUCGUCAAGACAAGUGAUUGUGGCAGGAGAGUCCAGUGGUCCAGCCCUGUGGAUGCUGAGAAUUCAGAACGACCACAUACCUCCAGCCCCCGAGACGCGUGUGUGAGUGAGAGAGAGUGAACGGGGCCAGACUGCCGGUCACAUACUGCUAUCACCUCACUUUCAACUUGAUAAAGAGACACUGGUUGCAGAGAGGGCUUGUGUUAUUGUGCAGAUCAAAGUGUGGAACGCUGAAUUCUUUGGAUUUGUGUUGUGGAGCACUAUGUUCAUGGGUCAGGGGGGUUAAACACAGCGCUCGAACUGAAGACGGCCUCAAAUAAGCAAGUCCUUGGAGAAGGUUUUUAAGUCAUGAUGCAAGAGUCAGGGACAGAGGCGGCAAGCAACGGAACGGCCAAUCAGAACGGUAUCCCACCUAGCGUAGAGGGACACGGAGAAGUUCGAUCCAAGAGCGCCACACCCUCCUCUGACAUUACAGUGUCUGACCUUGUGACCUUCCACCAACAGCAGGCCUUACAAGUUGCACGGCAGAUUCUUCUCCAACAACAACAACAACAACAGCAAAAUAGCUUCCACAAGUCGCCCAAAAACAGUGACAAGCAGUCUGCGCCACAGGUGCCAGUUUCUAUUGCUAUGAUGACACCACAGGUCAUAACUCCUCAGCAAAUGCAGCAAAUCCUCCAACACCAAGUUCUGAGCCCCCAGCAGCUCCAACUGUUACUGCAGCAACAACAAGCACUGAUGUUACAGCAGCAGCAACUGCAGGAGUUCUAUAAGAAACAGCAAGAACAACUCCACAUUCAGCUCAUCCAACAGCAGCAUGGCAGCAAGCAGCAGAGUAAAGAGGUGUCUGUGCAGCAGUUGGCAUUCCAGCAGCAGCUCCUCCAGGUUCAGCAGCUACAGCAGCAGCAUCUACUUAGUCUGCAAAGACAAGGGCUGCUGUCCAUCCAGCCCAACCAGACUCUGCCUCUCCACUCCCUCACUCAGGGCAUGAUUCCAGCUGAACUCCAGCAGCUGUGGAAAGAGGUGACAAACAGCCAUGUGAAGGAGGAGAACAGUGGGACAAAUAAUGGUCACCGGGGUCUGGACCUGUCCUCCCCCUCCCCCGUUCCCCUCAAAACCCUCAACCAGCAUGGAUCCACCAAUGGCCAGUAUGUCAGUCAUUCACUCAAAAGAGAGAGUUCAAUGUUGGAAGAUCAUCCGCCUCACAGUCACCCGCUUUAUGGUCACGGUGUCUGCAAAUGGCCAGGAUGUGAAGCCGUGUUUGAAGACUUUCAGUCAUUCCUAAAACAUCUGAAUAAUGAACAUGCAUUAGAUGACAGGAGUACGGCGCAGUGUCGGGUACAGAUGCAAGUAGUUCAGCAGCUGGAACUGCAGUUAGCAAAAGAUAAAGAGCGUCUCCAAGCCAUGAUGACUCAUCUGCAUGUGAAGUCUACAGAGCCCAAACCCAACCCACAGCCACUGAACCUGGUGUCCAACGCUACCCUGUCCAAGACGGCUCCUGAGGCCUCUCCACCUCUCAGUCUACCCCAGACACCUACCACCCCAACAGCCCCCCUCACACCGCUCUCCCAAACCCACUCUGUUAUCACCCCCACCAGCCUACACAGUGUGGGACCCAUGCGCCGACGCUAUUCAGACAAGUACAACAUGCCUAUAUCUCCAGAUAUUGUACAGAACAAAGAGUUCUAUAUGAAUGCAGAAGUACGACCUCCUUUCACAUAUGCUUCAUUAAUACGACAGGCAAUACUAGAGUCACCAGAAAGGCAGCUAACACUAAACGAGAUCUACAACUGGUUCACGCGAAUGUUUGCAUAUUUCAGACGCAAUGCAGCGACGUGGAAGAACGCAGUGAGGCAUAACCUUAGUCUUCACAAGUGUUUUGUGCGGGUAGAGAACGUAAAAGGGGCAGUAUGGACCGUCGACGAGCUAGAGUUCCAAAAGAGAAGGCCGCAAAAGAUCAGCGGAAGCCCAGCUCUAGUAAAGAACAUCCAUACCACUUUGGGAUAUGGUUCCGCCCUUUCUGCAGCCUUCCAGGCAUCAAUGGCAGAGAACAACAUACCUCUAUACACUACCGCUUCCAUUGGAAGUCCCACUCUUAACUCGCUUGCCAGCGCUAUACGAGAGGAAAUGAACGGAGCAAUGGACCACGGCAACAGCAACGGUAGUGACAGAAGCCCUGGACGCUCACCCCUGCCAGCUAUGCAUCAUAUUAGUGUAAAAGAGGAGCCACUGGACCCGGAAGAACAUGAAGGUCCCCUUUCCCUUGUGACGACAGCCAAUCACAGUCCAGACUUUGACCACAACAGAGAUUACGAGGACGACCAUGUGAACGAGGACAUGCUGUAAGCCUGGUUUCUCCCAGGUCCUCUUACGAAAAGGCCAAAUGAACUGCAGUGACCUGCGAGACCACUCCAGAUAUAGCAAGCCCAAGACUGGAUUCACAAUCCACUUGUUGACAGCUAUUAAAAUGUUCCAAUUUACUCUUUUGUGCCAUUAAAUAUGAAACGAAAUACGAGAUAAGAAAAAUCUAUUCCAUUUGGAAGUAUUUUUGAUUUGUUUCUACUUUUCAGUUAAAAAGACACGCAUACAUUUCUACUCGUCACUCGAUGAAGAGACGCUUGGUACUGGGGGCCUGCUUCUACAGUACUUCCUUUUGGCAAAGUGUCACUGAGACCAGAGUGGAUUUGAAAACACAGCUGAGAAAGACUGGCACGUCACCCUCUGAGUCGAAUAAACACUGAUCACGAACUACAGAGCACACGCACACACAAACCAUUAACGCUUUAAUGAGCGUGACACUCACGUGGUGUGUGUGCACGUAUGUGACUUUAUUCAUUGUCUCGGCCUUCAGAUCUUCUUAAGUUCACUUCCAUUGCAGCUGAGAGAUAUCUGUAUGGUGUUUUUAAGGGUUCCUGGGCAAAUAAUUUAAACGUUGUGUCCUCUCAUUACUCUGUGCUGUUAGCUAUAUAUCCUUUUUGUUGGGUUUGUUUGUUUUGGUAACUGAUCAGACCUCAUGAUUAAUGACGUGGAGUGUGCUUAGCACUGGAUGAAUGUGUAACGGUUCUUUUCAUGUUGUUUUUCCUCUUGAAUUCUUUUUCUUUUAAAAUUCAAACAGAAUGUCGCAUUACCGUGUAGUAUUUUUCUGUCAUUUGUUCCUUCGCAAUUUCCACAGUGGCAUUGCCCUUGCAUGCAAACUCACACACACACACACACUUAAACUCAUGCUCUUUCCCGUUCAUGAAGUCCAUCUGCAAAUGCACUACUCAUAAUGAAGGCUCCCUCUCCAUGCACCAAUGAAGUUUCAUUUACACAUGGAAUGAAUGACAGAGAAAUCAACGCAGGCUAACGUUUAUCACUAUGAAAUUAAACUUUUAAAAAAUCCACUUUCAUGGUGAUGCAUGUUAGCGUUAAGCAAAUCGUUGAUCGAAACCAUCAUCUGUAUUAAAUUAAAAUAAAGGUAAUAUGCACCAGAGAGAUAACUGUUAGACAAAUGCUAAUUGUGAUUCCUGAACAUUGUUGGCAACUUUUUUUUUGCUUCUUUUCCAUUCUACAAUUUCAAAGCCUGACUGGAUGACUUUAAACUGCAUUCCCUGUCGUUUCAAUAUCUGUUUUACCACAUCAAUGACCAGCUCACUCUCUCUGUUAUUAGACAUUAUUAAUAAUUACACAUGGGAUAGAAAGUUAAAGGGAUUAUAAACCAAGGCUGACAUUACAGCCAUGACCACUGAGCAUUACAGCACUGGGGCAGCACCCAAUGACCAUCCAAUUCUGCCAAAUCAACUUGGAAACAGUUGAACUCAGAGUGCAACUCAGAAUUGGAAACUGCUGCCAAUUUAGAGGACGGGCUCAAUGUUGGGACUGCGCGAUUAUGAGAAAAGGCUUCAACGAAUCUUAGAUUGAUUUUUCCGUAAUUACUGCAACCAACCACUUUAUUUAUUGCUUUGUCAUUUUGUUUUUACUGUUUUUUUUUUUAAGUUGAUACUAUGUGUCUUAUCUGUGACUACCAAAGGUACAAGAUACUACAAGUUGAUAUAUUUUAUGUUCCAUGCAAUAGCUAAACAAAAAGGCCAAAUAUGCUCAGUGUUCCCUGCACUGGCUAGAUGCAAACAUUGUGAAAUGUGAGAGACCAACGCUUGAGCAAAUCAUAGCAGUGUUGUCUUUGGGCCAGUGAAAAGGGGAAAAAAAAAAGUGUUCUAUAAGGAAAUCAUGGCUAUAAAGGAGAAGGAUAUGGAUGAAAGAUUUUAGAACUGUGUUCACUGUCGUCACAGGAAAUUUAAAUCUAGGAGGGGGGAAUACUUGCAUAACCCAAUGUGAACUGGACCACACAAUGGUUAGUUUUAUUUGUUCUCAUACUUGUCAUACUGUGUGUGUGUGUGUGUGUGUGUGUGUGUGUGCGUGCGUGUGCGUGCGUGCGUGCUGUUUGGGUGGUUUACGAGGACAAUUCUUUAGGUUACAACUGGUAAUUAGAAGGGUAUUAUGCUAUAUUUAAAUCACUUAAAUAACAUACUAAACUAUGUUUUUUGAAAAUGCAGAAAGUUUUUUUGUGAGGGUUAGGUUUAGGGGUAAGGUUAGGAGAUAGAAUCUAUAGUUUGUACAGUAUAAAAAUCAUUAUGUCUAUGGAGAGUCCUCAUAAGGAUAGCCGUACCAACACGCAUGUGUGUGUGUGUGUGUGUGUGUGUGUGUGUUUUGCCAUUUUAUUUUUUGAAACGUUUGUAUGCCACUUAACUUGUAAAAUCCGAAACAGGAUUCCCGAUGUCCUUUGCUAACCUUGGCAAUGCUCUAUGAUUGUGUUUUAGUGUCUGUCAACUUAUUACUUUUUUAUAUUAAAAAACACUCCUGUCAACCAAUAAGCUGGGUACAAGGUACUUUAAUGGCAAUUACUACUAUGUGUAAAUUUAUAUAAGCAUUUCGUAUUGGUGAAAAGGGCAAUCUGUGGUUCCCAAAAAUGAGGCAGCUGAGGGAAGGACCGAUUCAAGCUGAGUGGUUAGUUUUCUAUUCUUGAACAGGUAGACAAGACCAUUCAUCGCAUGUGUUGCUCGGUAUUACUGAAGAAAUACAGCAUGAAAAACUGUUAGUACUCAUACCUCAGCUCAAAUGAGUAAAUAAGAAACAAAUAAAGCAUUGCACUUAGUUGUAUGUCAUGCAUGUUUAGUCUGAAACUGUAGCAAACUAUUUUAAGAAAUAUAUAUAUAUAUAUAGAGAUACACACACACACACAUGCACACAAAAGAAAUAUGAGCUUGUUUAUCAUAAGGGUCUCUUGUUUUCCUUUAAACCAAUCCAAACCUCAGGCCUUUUUAUUGUUAAGAAACUCAAGUCAGCUUGCUUCAAUAUUAUAUUUCUCACCAUUUUUUAAUUUUUUUUAUUUCAGAUACAGUAAACUGUUUCCAGGACUGUCUCUGCUGUUUUUAGCUUUUGUUGGAGUAGGUUGUGCAUAUACCACUAUAUAGCUUUCUUUGUCCACUAAUUUUCUCUUUUCCUGAUUCUUUUUAAAGAACAAAAAAAAUGCUGUUUGUAUCACCAUUUUUGCUUUAUCACAACUGCUUUUUAUUAACUAUUAAAAAAAGACGGAAAACACAAAGAAAUGAGCUACUGCUUUAUGUAUUACAAUCGCAAACUGUGCUGCAAGUGUAAUUGACUUAGUGAUCCAUGUUUUUUUCAGGGGGAAAAAAGGGAAACUGCAGACAUCUGGAAGCGAGAGGGGAGGGAAUGGAUCUGGGGAUAAUCCACAGUUUUUGGAUUCGAAAAAAG